AUGCGACGGCGACGCACUCGGGUCAUAGAUGAAAACACGAGCGCCUUUGACCUUGUUGGCUCGCCUGACCCAGUGAGCAACUUACGACCUGUCCAAUAUCGUUCCAUCUUUGGGGACAGAGAGGUCCCUCUCGACAAUCUGACACCUCUCGAUCCCAGUGUGCAUCCCUACACGGAGGAGUAUCCAACGGAGGGCGCUCUCGCAACGGGUAUGACCCCCCGCCUUGCUGCAUUGCGCAGACGGUACGAAUUGUACGACAUGGCAUGGCGUCUCCACAGGCGGAGAAUGGACGACCACUCACAGACAUUCUGGUCGAGGGUCAACAUCGCUUUCGAGGAGGACAAGCAGGCCUACAUCGAGCGAGCCCAGCAACGCGCCAAGUUGGCCAACCAGCCUUUUGACGCAGACGCGGCCUUGCCCGAGUUCUAUGCUGCCUGGCUCGCACGACACCGACUUGAAUACAAGGACUACAAUGCCGAGCUGUGGCGACUGACUUGGAGUGCUCUCGCUCCCGCAAUGAUGGCUAAACUCAGAAACUGGCGAUGGCGGUUCGAAGUCUGGCGAGCAGGAGCAUCAGGUCAUGCAUGA